GGUAGCGUUACCCGCGAGUUGGCGGGGAACUGCCUCACACUCGCGCGUAAGGCGUUAGAAUCUUCAGUGGAUUGCACGCCUGAGUCGUGGCAGCAUUCGGAGUUCUAGUUUCUCUACUUCACAACCAAUACAGAGAGACAGCAUUUGAGGACUUACCUUAGGCAUUCGCUCUGCAAAUGGUCUUACAGAGUACGCUGGCUGCAAGGAUGACCCAGAGUCACGGAGAGAAUUUCAGUUUGAAGAUUGAUUUCAGCGCACACCAGUCUCACAUAGCGCCACGUUACCUGUAGGCCAGACACAUCCCCGGAAGGGCUCUGUUAUGAUAUCCUGCCAGAAUGUUUGGGAAAAGAAAACCGGGAAUGCGAUGGUCGCAAUAGCUGUGACGAUUCCAGGACUGUGCCGACCUUCAUCUUGACAUGAUCUGUCAUCGACCACACUGGAAGACUCCAAAAGACUCCAUACAGCAAUAUGGCCGCCAACGCGUCAGACGUCGCCAUGCAACCGGCGCAACCAGCCCUGUUUCAGUUUUACAAUUGGUUUGUCGGUGUCCAUGGUUACGCCAGCGUUGUUGUGUGCAUAUUUGGUGUUUUCACGAACAUCUUCAACAUCACCAUUCUGACGCGACGUGACAUGCGCACACCAACAAACAUUUUGCUCACAUGGUUGGCAGUGUCCGAUAUCCUUACCAUGGCGCCCUACAUUCCGUUUGCUAUACAUUUCUACUGUCCACCUGCUAACGCCCAAGGUAAUCCAGACAAGUUUACGUAUAACUGGAUCAUGUACAUGCUAUUCCUUAUUAAUAUAACAGCCACAACACAUACAAUUUCAAACUGGUUAGGUGUGUCAUUAGCGGUGUUUCGAUUUGUUCAAAUGAGAUCAACAAGUCGCGGUCCGCUAGCGAAAGAACGGAGGAUCCGCCAAGUCAAAGGCAUAACACUGGCUGUGAAUGUACUGUCAUCAGUUGUGCUCAUACCUAACUACCUUACGAAUGAGAUCCAAUGGCAAGCACUGGAUAACAAUACUAUAGUGUAUGGGAUCAAAGAUUUAAACCUUGCCACCAACCAGACGAAAACCAUUGUUUUGUUCAAUGUGAUAAACUACGCCGUGACGGCAAAACUCGUUCCGUGUCUAUUAAUGAUAGUUUUCAGUGGUUCUUUGGUUUAUACUCUCAGUGUUAAAAAUCGAGAAAGGCGACGGAGAUUAUCAGCAAGCGGUAAAAAGUCUAAAAAAGAUUCCCGACAAGCCACUACCACUAGGAUGUUACUCGUUGUUAUCAUUCUUUUUCUCAUCACAGAGUUUCCACAGGGCAUUUUGAUUCUUCUCAGCGCAACAAUGCCUGGGUUUUAUGCCAAUGUGUAUACACUUUUAGGAGAUCUCAUGGACUUCAUAGCAUUGUUGAAUAAUGCCAUUAAUUUCGUAUUGUAUUGCAUUAUGAGUCAACAGUUCCGAGCCAGGUUUUUAGAAAUGUAUCUUCGGCGAUCUGUCCUCCAUAAACCUUUAGAGGAGAGUGGGACGACCUCGGAGCGGUUGUGUUUGAAGGAACCGCCAACAAAGACUACCUUGGCAGACUAGAGACAUGUACGUCAGUGGGCCACCAUUAUACUGUUUGGACUGGCGAUCCGAACUACAAACUUGUCUGCAUUUGUUAUUAAUUUAAGAUCAAAUUGAAAGAGAAAACGAAACAGGGAGAAAUAUAUUUGCACGCAAAUGUGGGAAUUAAGUGCUAUGAACUCACCAAAACACAGAUGGUGUCUAUAACGUUUACACUACACAUGACCAACAUGUACACAGGUGAUCUUAUGGUGGUGCUCGAUGUUUAAAAACUAAUAAAUACCAACGUCAGACAGGGAACAUUUUACAGAAAAAUAGGCAUGUCAAGAUUAUUCAAAUAUACGUUAGUUUCUGAGCAGCGAAACAUUUAAAGAAAGGUUGCCCCACUAAAAAGUCCAUAACAAUAAAUCCCAAGCAUUUUGGUUCAAACAUUUAGUUGUUGUGAAAGACACGUAGCUAACUAAGUGUUCAAUUGUAUAUUCGUUUCAGUCGAUACAAUGACCAUGCCGUUCAUGGUAGGAUUAUGGAAUGACUACCCAAAAUAAUAUAUCAUAUUCUAUAACUGCAUUGGUUUCUAGUCAGUGUUUUAUAAACUGUACAUAGAGGUCGUCAUAUUGAGUAAUUAAUGAGAACUACGUGUAUAAUGUUACUCCUCAGUAUGUAUUCUACAAACAGUGCCAUACAAACAUCAGCUACUUUCCUUUUCGGAAUCAACUGUUUUAAUAAAAAAUUAUUAUAUCCAGCCAUUUCUUGAAACAUUGUUUUUAUUCACAUAUCAAUAAGACAUUAAAUUACGUAGCAGUGGUCGAGUUGAGUGUAUUAGUUUACGCAUUCUGUAACAAAACCUUGAAAAGACGCUAUUAGAUCUUUCUACUCACUUUUGAUCUUCAUAACGACUGUACCUUCUAUGAACAUGUACAUGUUUAAGACAAAAAAAGGUUUCAAUUUCUUGUAACGUUUUAUUUCGAUCAAUUUCAUUUUAUUUAGAUCAAUUUCAGAAUGUGGUUUGGUCUUUCAACUGUAGCUGUCAAAAGUUUCGUUCUCUCAUUAACCCGUAUGCUCCAAAAAGAUCGAACUAAAACACACUUCAUAGCAAGUGUUUUUCACAAUAAUGGUCUAAACAUUACUUACGUCAAACAAGUAGUAUUGAACGCAACACAAAUGGGAUAUGUAAGAAUCCUUCCCAAGUUUUAGGUCUUGUAAGAUGUUUUCUGUAAUGUAUUGACUUGUUUUAAUGGGACGCCAACAGGAAGUAUAAAAUUAUGUUAUUAAUCGUAAAAACAAAAACAUUAAUUUCAUAUUACGCUUUGUCCUGAUGUUGGAGCAAUCACAUUUUGAGACUUAAUGAUCAUGUUUAAUGCUCAAGGUUUCACCCUCGAAAUGUAAUUAAUAUCAAUGUAUACAAUACUAAAGGGCUUGUCAAAAUAGUAUUCCGUCUACAGUCAAUGACUAACCAUAACCCCAUUUGAAAUCAAACACAAAGACGCACCAUGCUCUCUUACAUUUGUUUGCGUGUUGGGGGACUACAGUGUGUCAGUAUAACGAGGAUUCAAGCCAUGUAGAUGAUGAAACAUCAGAGUGACACAGAACUCAUGGUACACAUGGCAACAAAUGAUAAUUUUUAUGUCAGACAGAGAUGUGAGGACACUUACGAUCUGGAUGAUGGAGACACAUGGUUUGUAAUAAAGCUCUGUUCAUCUGAAUCUUCCAAAGUAAUGAAGUAUAUGUUGUGCGAGCAUCUCAUGCAAUAUCCUGUGUCAUUGCCACGUGUUUCUUAAAGACUGUCCAUGGCAAUACACCAAGACAUAUAUCGUUUUCUCUUAUUUGAAAUGUUCUUCAGUGGAUCACUGGUUUAGAGAUUAUCUGAUGUUUGGGCUGAAAUGACCCCUUGCCAAAACAUCAGGUAACUCGCAUAUGUCACAUAACCAAAGAAUAUUUCAGACAUUUUCAUACCCCUCGUGUAAAUAAAGUUGUUUGAGAUGUUGUACAUAUACCCAGUGGUAUUUGUGUGGUAAGUGCAAUUGAUAUCACAUUGUUAUGGAGCACAUUUUGAAUCAUAAUUCAUCGUACAAGUUUCAAAAUCACAAUUAUUCUUGAAGAGCGAAGUGUCCUCCAUAGAUAUAUAUUUUCGAGAGAUUUAUAUUUUGAUAAAAUUUGUUCAUUCGAACACAUAGGAUGUAAUACUUCUUACAUAGAUUCAGAGAUUGUUUAAACAUUUAGACAAUGUUUACAUCUGUAUAUAUCAUUGUGCUGUGUCUGUAUAUAUCACAGAUCUUUUAACUCGUAUUGUUUGUACGACGAUAUGUGGAUUGUAGAGAAACUGCCAGUCAACGGUUAGAAAACAACACGUAUUCAAUGGAAAUGAAUAACACAAGGAAGCGAAGAGAGUACCGCCGGAUGUAGUUUAUAGUGACAUUGAAUCUUCACUGCUACAAAACUUACCACCCUGAAUGUUUGCUGGAAAACUACCUGACACGUGCGAUAUUUUCUGGUAUAAAAGUGUUGUCAUAGGGCCCAUGUACAUUACUGUAUACAUCUCCCGAAAUAUCAGUUCUCGUUAGAAAGCGUGUGGUGGCUCGUCGUACUCAUCUUUUCCCAAGAUUAGUUACCCGCACGUGUGAACUGUGUAAUGUAGUAUACUUAUUCCUGAUGAGAUAUGUCUGCACAUUUGCUGAAUAGGCUUCAUCUGGCUGAUUCAACAUGUAAACGGUCGUACUAUAUUUAUAGUUACAUUGUUCUUGAAUCUAAAGCCAUUGCAUUCUUUUUUUCUUUUGCAUAUAUUGCAAUAUUGUACCUGUCUUCCAUGAAAGAAAAAUUGAAAUCUAUCUCUUGAUUAUAUUUGUUGAUUUAAUGAAGUUUAAUGGUGAAGAUGCACAUGCAACGGCAAUUUUCUCCUGAAGACACCGUGCCUGUCACACUGUGUCUGAGUCUUCGCCUGUAGACUGCUAAUGCCAGUGUCAGUCACCGUGUUUAACGUUCAUACCUUGUACACAGAUAGUUCAUAUUGCGUCACCCAUUCUCUGUUAUUGACAGCUUAAAUCUUGUUCAUAACAUUGUAAUACAUGUGCCUUGUUCAUACGUGUGCAGUCAAGUAGAUCAGUUUUUGGACAUGCUUCAGUUAAAUUUUGUCAGCCUCUGUAUACUUGUGACUUUGCACAUAUGAUGAAAAUGGUUGGGAUGUAUGUACUUGAAAUUGUAAUAAAACCCAUUGCCACUUCGUAUUCAAAACCA